CGUGUCCUGUCCUGUCCCGGAAGCGGAAGCAGGAGAGCGUGAGCGGCGCUGCGGCACGAAGGGCCCGGAGGCCCGCGGGGAAAAUGCCAGUGGCCGUGAUGGCGGAAAAUCCGGUGUCCUUCCAGAGGCUGUUAGAGCAGUGCGAGGAGCAGGAGCUUGAGGCUCCAGGUGGCAUUGCAACACCUCAUGUGUACAGUCAACUUUUGGCACUAUAUCUUCUACAUAAUGACGUGAAUAAUGCUCGUUAUCUAUGGAAAAGAAUACCACCUUCAAUUAGAUCGGCCAAUGCAGAAAUGGCUGGAAUUUGGGAGGUGGGACAGAAGAUCUGGCAGAGGGACUUCCCAGGAAUCUAUGCAUCUAUUGCUACCCACCAGUGGUCAGAAAAUAUUCAACCAGUCAUGGAGGCAGUAAGAGAUGCAACACGACGGCGUGCCUUUGGCUUGGUGUCCCAGGCCUACACUUCAAUCUCUGCUGAAGAUUUUGCCGCCUUUGUUGGUCUUCCUGUGGAAGAGGCUGUAAAAGCGGUGUUGGAACAGGGCUGGCAAGCUGACUCUGCUACUCGUAUGGUUAUGCCCAAGAAGCCAGAUUCUGCUCCCCUGUCUCUGAUCCCCAAUGAGCAACAGCUGGCCAGACUCACUGACUACGUGGCUUUCCUAGAGAACUAGCACACCCUUUUUACUCCAAGAUCAAAAAAUGUGCAAGAACUGGGGAGAAAAGCUGUACCAGGACAUUUUGCAACUACUAGUUGGUCCCUCCAAACCUUUAAACAUCAUGGUUACAUGCCCCAAGUCUACAGGGUGGGCUUAUUGUCUUGUGAGCUGCUCUGUCAUUGGAAGGGAUUGCUGAGAAUGGGAGAAAGAAAUCACAGAACUGACUUAUUAUUUUUGUGUGGAUGUUAACCCUUUGCUGCUAGAGAGGCCUGCGUCACACCACACCCAUCAUUUCUUGGCCCCUCUGGCUGUGAAAGGAAUAAAAAACAAAAAAAAAGCUUGACCAGUAGUUAUCUGUUUAUUUCCCCCUAAAUCAGGCUAGCAAGUUAGGGCUGACUGCCUGAGAUAGUUAUGUCUGAAUUGAAAUCCCAUCUGAUGGACCUGUCAAUGCUAAAUUCUUCUAGUUUAUGAGACAAGUUUCCAUUCUCUGUGCUACUUAAUGGAUAUUUAUGACUAUAUGAUCCUCCCUGUUUGGGCUGGUGUAGUAGUAUACUUGCAGCUCGUUCUGCAGCAGCUCACAGGGACCUGUAUUUCUCCAGGAUUUAAAUACAAAUCACCUGGACGAAUAACUGUUUAAACCAUUUUUUUUUUCUUCUUCAUUGGUUAGCAGGUGAGUAAGCCCAAUGAUACUACAAACGAAAGACAGGUGGCCAACCUGCAUGUGUUCAGAUUCGGUAGAACUAAAAUUUCUACCAGUAUUUGAUCUCUGUAAUAGUAUUUAAUCAUAUUGGUUUUAGAUUUUCCCAAGGAACACAAUCAAGGGGUGUCUUCCCUCUUUAAAUCUCUGCUGCUGUAUUUUUAGCACCCCCUUUAGUCUGGUUCUGUUCUGAAUUUUUAACUCAUAGGCUUUCAUCAGAAGACACAAUACUCUACUGCCCUUCUAGUGAUGAACAUUGUCAUCUGCCUCAGUACAUAUGAAAUCCUCUUUUCAGACAGUGCAAUAGAGGGAAAAAGGCCAGUUGUAACAGAGGGUUAAUACAGAAUGGGUGGAUCUGCAAGAGUACCCCACAGCCUUUUUGCACUGUAGCAGGAUGGUUCGUUGAGGCACUGCAUGGAAAUUAGAGCAGUGUUAUUUUUGUCAUCUUGUAGCCAUGUGUUAAAAAUCCUUUAGUAAGAACACAAUCCAUUAAAACAUGUUAACUACAGUGA